UGUAAUGCGAGGCUUGGGUACGAGACUGCACCAAUACUUUCUACUAGUUUUUUUUGAAUUAUUCUACAAGACAUGUUGAAGAAAAAAGUUGAAUAUUUGUGACAUAAAUAUGUCUGACUCCUCUGGACAUAAAGUACCGUUCCAUCAUUUGGGUAAUAUAAAAGAAGUCGAUGCAGACGAAAAAGUUGCGAGCAAACGAAAAGAUGCUGUUCCUAUCGCGCAUGACAAAAUGGUUAGCAAUCUCAGAAAGCUGAAACCCAGUGAGGGAAAAAACAGCCAUGCGAAAAGCAAUAAAAGCACAGCGACGAAUUAUCAUAAGAUGGCAGACAAAGAUGUGCAAAAUACAAAUACAAAAUCGAAAGUCUUUAGAGGAGCAGGCACAUCGAAAAAUGUAGAAAUGGUUUCUAAUUCCACACAAAAUUCCAGGACAUAUGCACUCGAAGAAUCAGGUGCUAAAACUAAAGUUACGUCCGAAAAAACGUCAAAGCAUAAAUACAAAAACAAAGACAUUCACGGCUCUAGUAAAGACGUCGCUUGUCUAAAACAAGACGUCAGUCGAUCCAACGAAGACGUCCCUUCUAGUCCGUCGGAUAUUAUUGUGUAUGAAGCAGGUGACGGCGUGUAUUUAUAUUCAAAGGAGGGGAAAAGGAAUGCACGAAAAAAUAGUUGGACGAGAGUGAAGGAAUUCAUGACGACAAAAAAAUCCGACAAAUAUAAAAAAGACGAGAAAAGAUACCCGUUAUAUCAAGUGUCUGAACAUGGUAAAUGUUUCGAACACAAAAAGAUUUUCUUAUGUGAUUUGGAUGUUAAUCUCAACGUUCCAAAAGAUCACAUGGUUGAUAUCAACAAACUUCCUCAAGAUGAUUCAGCUAAAUUGGUUGUAUUGCGGUGUUUUGAAACAAUACCAGAGGACGACAUUGAAUUAUCUCGCAGUGGAGUGUUUUGUUGUAGCGCACUUGAAGAUAUUCCUGAACCUAGCAAAGUUCAAACAAGACGAAAGUUCACUCGAUAAUCUGCCACUUUCA